GCGGCGGAAGGCGGGGGAGCCGGGAGGGGCGAGUCCGAGCGCGGCAGCAGCAGCUCAGCCCCUCGCCCCGCGGGGGCCGAGGCCGAAGCCCCCCCCGAAGGCAGCGCCAUGUGAGCGGGACCUGCGCCGCCGCCUCCGCGGGCACGUCCAGGAUGUGAAGAGCCGCUCGGCCGCCCCCCCGGAGACCCGCCGGCGUCCAGCCCUGCCCCGAGCCAGCAUGACCGAGGUGAAGGCCAAGGAGCCCCGAGCGCCUCCGCCUGCGAGAGACGGGGCGGUCCUGCUGCAGGGCCAGCCCGGCCGAGACCCUUUCUGCAGGGAAACGGACGCCAUCGACAUCUCCCUGGACGGGCUGCUCUACCCCAAGAGCAGUGACGAGGAGGAGGAAGAGGAGGAGGACGAGGAAGAGCCGCGACUGCAGCAGCAGCCGGAGGAGGAGGACCGGGACUCCCUUUCCUACGGGCCAGGGAGCGGCUCCGUCUCGGACAAGGACUCCCUGGACACUGUCCUCGACACCUUCCUGGCGCCCGCCGCUCAUGCCAGCUCCGCCGUGGCCUCGGCGCCCUGGUCCUUCUUCGGGGCUGUUGCCGCGGAGACGUCCGAGCCCCCGAUGAGCCGCGGCCCGUCUCAGAAGGCGGGCGAAGCCGCCCCGGGGGCGCCGGGACCCUCGCAGCCCCCGCCGCGGCCCGCCCCGCUCUGGCCGGCUGGCCACGCCGUGACCGUCGCCGCUAAACCGCGGCCGGCCGGGGCGGGAGACGGCGCGGAGGGGGCGGCGGCGGCAGCGGCCACCAAGGGCGAGGCCCCGGGGCUGCCGGCGGGGCCCGGCGGGGCCCGGGCGGGGCCGGGGGAGCCGGGGCAGGAGUAUCUGCACGUGCCGCUGCUGCCGCUCAACUCGGCCUACCUGGCCUCGCGCACGCGGCAGCUGCUGGACGUGGCGGAGUUCGAGGCAGGCGGCGGCGCCGCGGGGCCGCGCUCCUCGCCCGCCGCCCCGGACCUGGCGGGCUACGUCUACCCGCCGGCGGAGGCCAAGGAGGGGCACUUUGCCUACGGCGACUUCUCGCCCCCUCUGAAGAUCAAGGAGGAGGGGCUCGGCCUGCCCACCCCUUACUCGGGCGGCGGGGCUACCCCGGCGGCGGGCUGCGCCGACUACCCGCAGCCCCCGCGGGCCGGGCAGGAGCCUUCCUCGCUGGAGUGCGUCCUCUACAAGACGGAGCCCACCCUCCUGGCCGGGGCCUACGGGCCGACGGCAGCGGCGGCCCCCGACAGCUUGCCCUCCACCUCGGCCGCGCCCCCGGCCCUCUACCCACCGCUGGGUCUCAACGGGCACCAGCCCCUGGGCUUCCCGGCGGCGGUGCUGAAGGAAGGUUUGCCGCAGCUGUGCCCGCCCUACCUCGGAUACGUUCGGCCAGAUACAGAAACCAGCCAAAGUAAUCAGUACGGUUUUGAAUCGUUACCCCAGAAGAUUUGUCUCAUCUGUGGUGAUGAGGCUUCUGGUUGCCACUAUGGAGUACUUACCUGUGGAAGUUGUAAAGUCUUCUUUAAAAGGGCAAUGGAAGGGCAGCACAACUAUUUAUGUGCUGGAAGAAAUGACUGCAUAGUUGAUAAAAUUCGUAGAAAGAACUGCCCAGCAUGUCGCUUGAGGAAGUGCUGUCAAGCUGGGAUGGUUCUGGGAGGUCGAAAAUUUAAAAAAUUUAACAAAAUGAAGGUUGUGAGAACAUUAGAUGUUGCACUCCAGCAGCCAGCAACCCUUCAAGAUGAAAGCCAGUCUCUAGCCCAAAGGCUGUCCUUUUCUCCAAAUCAAGAAAUACAGUUUGUUCCCCCAAUGAUAAGUGUUCUACGAGGCAUUGAGCCAGAAGUUGUCUAUGCUGGUUAUGACAAUACAAAACCUGAAACACCAAGUUCCUUGCUGACCAGUCUAAAUCAUCUUUGUGAGAGGCAACUCCUUUGUGUAGUCAAGUGGUCUAAAUUGCUACCAGGAUUUCGGAAUUUACAUAUUGAUGAUCAGAUAACCCUCAUCCAGUACUCCUGGAUGAGUCUAAUGGUUUUUGCAAUGGGAUGGAGAUCAUAUAAACAUGUCAGUGGCCAGAUGUUAUAUUUUGCACCAGAUCUGAUUCUAAAUGAACAGAGGAUGAAAGAAUCUUCGUUCUAUUCCCUGUGUCUAUCCAUGUGGCAACUCCCACAGGAAUUUGUCAGACUUCAAGUUAGCCAAGAAGAGUUCCUUUGUAUGAAAGCACUGUUACUUCUCAACACAAUUCCUUUGGAAGGUCUAAGAAGCCAAAGCCAAUUUGAUGAGAUGAGAACGAGUUACAUUAGAGAACUGGUGAAGGCGAUUGGUUUGCGCCAGAAGGGCGUUGUGGCCAACUCGCAACGUUUCUAUCAACUUACAAAACUCAUGGAUUCCAUGCAUGAUCUAGUGAAACAGCUCCAUCUCUUCUGUCUGAACACAUUUCUCCAGUCCCGUGCACUGAGUGUUGAAUUCCCCGAGAUGAUGUCAGAGGUGAUUGCUGCCCAGCUACCCAAGAUUCUGGCAGGGAUGGUGAAACCUCUUCUCUUUCACAAAAAGUGAAAAUGUUGUUUCUCUUAUCAUAGAGAUGAUUUCUGGGUCAUUUUUGUUUGUUUAUUUUGGUCAAGAUUUUGCAAUGUCAGGACUUCAGUAUAUUUGUCAUACUCUGCCUACUGCUUUAUACUUGUAACAUACAGAAGCCAUUGAUGCUUGAUGUAUAUAUUGUGGGUUCUGAUUCCUUAAUUGCAAAAAUCACAAGUCAUAAGAGGUGUUUUGUAAACUUGGCUAGAUUGCUUUUUAGAUAUGCAUAAGAAUGACAAUUACUAGAGUUUUCAGGUUUCUAAGAACAGUUAUACAUUUUUCUUACAUAUUACACACUCUCAAAUUUCUGAUACGAUAUGUUGUAAACUUGUUCCUUCAGUACGUUGUGCCUAUGGGUACAUGGAAGCAUGUGCAUUACACAAGGUUUUUGAGGAAUUAAACGAAAUAUUGCCCACAGUUUCUCUUGGAUAUUUCACUUUUUAUUAACUCAUCUGUGUCACCGAAAUAUCCUUUCAAACUCAGCAUCCAAAAAGAAGUAGAUGUUUCUGCAAGACUUUCAUGAGUAACUGAAGUUCUAGCCACAAAAUAUACAUUCAUAUUCUUGUCCGUGCUUAUAUGGCAUUGGAACUCUCAAGUUCCAGGGUACUGCUUCCUGCAGCAUUCAGUGCAGCCCUCCUGCAAAAAAUGGGAAAGCUUAGGGAAAUUUCAUUGUACUCCAGAACUAAUGUGUAUGCAAAGCCACUCAGCUUUGGUUUUCGUUAUUUUUGGUAAAAGUUUGGCACUUUUUAAAGCUAAAUCACUUAGCUGUCUUAAAUUGAGUGACUUGAAAGUUCUGUUUCAGAAGCUUUAAAUAGAGAUGUUUUCACUGACUACAACUUUUAAUAAUCUUAAUGUUUUGAAUUCCAGUGCUGAAUACUCAUCAGCCAUUAACAUAAAAUUAUAGUGUGAUUAAAUGCAAAAAUAAAUGGAAAAUAUUACCAGAAACAUUUUUAUACACAUCAGGCUCAUUUCAGUACUACUUAGUGGAGCUACAUAUUUUAUAUUUUAAAGGCAUGCCAUUAUAAUUGGGGUAACUGUAAAAUGGGAAUUGGACUAAAUUAGCUUUAUAAAUUCAAGAAGACUGAAAAAUUAUAGUGUGGUUCUGUUUGUGCACUUGGUAUAGAUAUGAAGCAACCCAUGCAUUCAAGGCAGUAAAUUGCUGAUAAAUUCAAACAACAGAGAAAAGGAUAAAGCCCAAGAAGAUUUUAUUAGAAUACAAGAGAUUUUGCAUUUCACUAAAAGUGAUACACAUUCUCCAGCAAUGUAGGAAAUGGUGAGUCUUUCUUAGGUACUUGCUGGCCAUAUGCUUUUUUGCUCUUCCCCAAGACACACUAGGUGCAUCUGUGGUGUGAUGGCAAAUGUUGCUGGUGUGUAACUUGGUCUGUGUUCCUGUCACAUGAGCGAAGGCUCACUGUGUGUAAGUUCAGUAUCCCUGAUAAAAUUAGGGUGCCCCUCAUUAAAAGUGUAAAUGGUGUUACUUGUCCAUAAAAUUUAAGUCCUGAAUCUUGACAAACGUGGACAACCAGCAACUAGAUCUAAAGGUAUCCUACUAUUUGUUAUUUCCUAAAGAAAAUCAAGAAGAAGCUGCAUGAGUACUGGGGAUAAAAACAUUUUUGAGGUUCCCUUAUAGCAGUGCAAAACCCACAAGAGCUGGUGCAAAGAUGCAGCUCUGGAUAAGCAGAAUUUUGUGUUAGUUGGCUAGAUUUGUCAUUUCUAACUGCCCAGAGACAAGCAAUUUCUUUCAUAUCACUUCUAACUGUGAUCUUUAAAGUGAUUACGUUUUAAUAAAUAACACAAAGUUCUUUAUUUCUACAUUUUGAAGUUUUGUUUUCUUUAUUUUACUUUGUAUUUGCAUUCCGUAAUUGAGCUUAGUAAAAAAGUCCAUUUUAGCCAUUCCA